CUGUGAUAUUGUCGAUAUUUCGAAAAAAAGAUUGAACGUGUAGUGUUACUUGAAGAUUUAUCGUGCGACUUCAAAUUUUUUGUCUACAAUAUUUGUGACUAUGGAGAUUCAGGAUAUUUAAUAAUAAUAAUAAUAAUUUGUAUGAAGAAAGAAAAUUGUUUGUAACAAAAAAAUAAUGUGGUAAAAUUAUGGACGACCGGUUACAUCCCCUCAUUCGUUUUCAGUUCGCUUAAUCUCCUCAAUCUCCUUUAGUUAGUCGAUAAAACAGAAAAUGUUAGGAAAAAUUACGUUUUCGUAAUGUACAUACCGACAAUGCGAACGUAGAUUUUCGCGGCUUGUACAGGUUGGAAGAUCAUCAUCCAGAAACGCGAGUAGUAGAUCUGUUGUUAGUAGGAAUUAUCAACUGUAUGGAGAUUUAUCGGAGAAAAAUUAUUAUUUGAACUAUGGAUUCUCCACCUGCUUUGGAAACUGUCUAUCAAGCUGUAUAUUCUUUAUACAAUAAUUCUAAUCCAUCCGAUUCUGGGAAAGCAUCAUUAUGGCUUGGAGAAUUGCAAAAAUCAGUAUUUGCAUGGAAAAUAUCUGACGAAAUGUUGCAGCAAAAGAGAGACAUAGAGUCUUGUUAUUUUGCUGCACAAACUAUGCGUACAAAAAUACAAUUAUCCUUUCAUGAGUUACCCCUAGAAGCUCAUACUUCUUUGCGCGAUUCUUUGAUGGAACAUAUAUCACAAAUUAAUGAACACACCAAUUCUGCCAUUGUUACACAGUUAUGCUUAGCAUUGGCUGCUCUUGCGUUACAAAUGUCAUCCUGGCAGAAACCUGUUAUAGAUUUAAUUAACAGGUUCGGAGGAACAAGCAGCAGUCUUUGGCCAUUACUAGAGAUUAUGACUGUACUUCCAGAAGAAGUAAAGUCAAAAUCUCUUAGAUUAGGAGCCAACAGAAGACAACACGUAUUGGUAGAACUUAUUGCAACAGCUGAUACAGUUACAGAAUUCUUGAAAAUGUGUUUAAAAGAUGGGGGUGAUAAUGUACAAAUACGGGUUACUAUUCUUCGAUGUUUUACUAGUUGGAUUACUGUUCGUGCUAUACCUCUUCAGACUAUACCAACGAGCGAAGUUGUGACAUACGUGUUUCAAGUAUUGGGUAAUCAUAUGGCUGGUUCUCAAUUACAUGAAGCUGCUGCUGAUUGUAUGUGUGUUAUCCUACAAGCAUUAGAAGAAGAUAGUAAUAAUAGUCGAGAUAAUAAUAGCGAACCAAGUGCUCAAUUUCAACAAUUACAAAUGUGUCUUUUUAGUAAUGUAAUGGAUUUAGAACAACCAUAUCAUUUAUCUGUCGUUCACGAAGAUAUGGAAAAAUCUAUUAAUUAUUGUCGCGUUUUUACGGAAUUGGCCGAAACAUUUAUCGAUACUAUUAUAGAAGGUAGCGUGGAUAGAAAAAGUCAUUAUGCUAUCAAGAUUCUUGAUCUUGUUCUCAUAUGUCUUGGGCAUCACGAUUAUGAAGUCGCACAAAUAACUUUCCAUCUUUGGUAUCGAUUAUCGGAAGUUCUUUAUCAAAAAAAUGAUGAUGAGCUCAAUCUCGUAUUUCGACCGCACAUUGAACGAUUAAUCGGUGCUCUUUGUAGGCAUUGUCAAAUGGAACCAGAUCACCUUGGUUUAGUAGAAGAAGGUGGAGGAGGAGAAGAGUUUGCAGAAUUUAGAAAUCGCGUAUCAGAACUCAUAAAAGACGUAAUAUUUGUAGUUGGCAGCAGUCAUUGUUUCAGACAAAUGUUUUCUUCAUUAACAGGUGGUCCUGGUCCACAAGGACUACCACCCGUUCAAACUCCUACAUGGGAUUCUAUAGAGGCUGCCCUUUUUGUAAUGCAAGCAGUUGCUAAAAAUAUUCUGCCAGAGGAAAAUGACGUUGUUCCAAAAGUAGUUGAAGCAAUCCUUAAUUUACCAGAAAACACUCAUAUUGCUGUACGACAUACAAGUAUUCUUUUGUUAGGAGAGUUAUGCGAAUGGAUAGACAGUCAUCCACAAACGUUAGAACCAAUACUAAAUACUUUAUUGGCCUGUCUAAGUCAGAAAGGAUUAGGAACUGCAGCAUCCGGUGCACUUUUAAGCAUUUGCACUGCAUGUGCAAUACGUAUGGGACCACAUUUCCCUGGAUUGUUGCAAAUUGCACGCUCUCUUGACAGUUUUGGCAUAAGUAACGAUUCUGCUAUUGGACUGCUAAAAGGUACGGCAUUAGUUCUGGCAAGAUUACCAAGAGCAGAAAUUACCCCAGCAAUGAAAGAAUUAUGUUGGUUUCAAGCUAUACCACUUUGUGAAAUUCUACAAAAUAAAGUAUCAAUAGAAAAGGGAACAAAGACUGAUCCUGUGAUAUGGUUAGAUAGAUUAGCAGUAAUAUUUAGGUACACUAAUCCUCUAAUCCGGGAUACAAACGAACCACAUCCUUGUCAGAAUGUUGUUACUGAAAUGUGGCCAGUAUUGUCAAAUGUAUGUACAGAAUAUCAACACGAUGCAAGACUUAUGGAAAGAUGUUGUCGUUGCUUAAGGUUCGCUGUUAGAUGUGUAGGCAAAUAUUCUGCACAUCUUCUUGAGCCACUUGUAAAACAGAUUGUACAAUUAUAUUCCGCUCAUCAGCAUAGUUGUUUCUUAUAUCUUGGUUCCAUAUUAGUUGACGAAUAUGCUUCUGAAACGGAUUGUUUGCCAGGAUUAUUAAGUAUGUUGGAAGCUUUUAUUGGACCUACUUUUACAAUUCUUCAACAAGAUGACGGUUUGAAAGAUCACCCUGAUACUAUAGAUGAUCUCUUCAGAUUAUGUGCUAGGUUUCUACAAAGAGUACCUAUUCCUUUUCUACAUUCAUCAAUAAUCGGCAGUGUAAUUGACUGUGCUUUGAUGGCGUGUAGUUUAGAUCAUAGGGAUGCUAAUGCCUCAGUAAUGAAAUUCUUUUAUGAUCUUUUAUAUAGUGGUAGAAUGCUUCAGUCACAUCCUGAUUAUUCGAUACGACGACAAUUAGUGAGAGGAAUAAUAUUAGAAAAAGGUCAAACAUUAGUUAUGAGACUUCUUCAUGCUUCUGUAUUCUCUUUAUCUUCGUACAUGUUAUCCGAUGUUGCAGACGUUAUGGUUGAACUUAAUUUAGCCGAUAGGCAGCUUUCGUCAAAAUGGUUAGAAGAAGCUAUAAAAUCAAUGCCAACUCAAAAUGCGGAUGGAUCUCCUACGGCGACGAACGAACAACUUGUUGAAUUCCAUAAUACUGUUACAAGAGCUGAUACAGCUAAACCUGUGACAGUUGCCCUAAGAUACUUCGCGCGUUUAUAUCGUUGAUGCAACUUGAUUUUUUAUCAAUGAUUAACAAGAACUAAUAACUAGUAAAGUUCUUCCAAAAUGCAAUACCCCUAUGCAAUUACAAUUGAAAGUGAUGAGAACUUACAAGGGUGUUGUUAAUUGAGAAAGAGGGAUGGAAAGUAAGAAAUUUAUGUAUACAUGCGUCUAACUUGUCUCAACUAUAAGGGAAAAGAGAAAAAAAGAAAAAAGAAAGAAACAUUUUAAAUCAAAUUGUAAUACGCAAUAUCUCUUUUUAUUUUCCAUCUAAUUCGAAAAAGUCAUAGCCGUAUUUAAUUUUUUACACUUUGGAGACAAAGAUUUUAUAAUUAUAAUAUAACGAUUAACAUGAUACAUAAAUUGCAGAGUAUCUCAGUUAUGAAUUUAUUAACUCUCUAUAUCAUUAUUAUAUUUAUGAAAAACUAUGGAUUGAAAAUGUACAAGCGUAUGAUAUUGAAAUCAAUUUAUAUAAAAUUUUCUUUGAAGAAUAUACUCGAGUGAAAAUUCUUUCAUUGAAAAUUUAUGUAAGAUUGUAUUGAAAAAAAAAAUUUUUUGACGUUUCAUAUAAACAUAUUGAACUUCUUAAGAAAAAAAGAAAAGAAAAAAAACUGCUUAUUCUUUCUAUACGACUACAACAACUAUUUCAUAAAAAUUUCAAAGCGAUGCGGUAGAGAGAAUCUUUUAGAAAAAAUUCUUCCGUACUGUUUCUUUACAAUUAUGGGGUAUAAUGAUAAAAAUCUACACAGAAAAGUUUUAAUUUAAUGGUGUAUAAAAAUGUUAUUAUACUAAUAUAACAACUUCGUAUUCUAGUUCCAAACUAUUACUAUUACUAUUACUAUACAGAAAUAAAAUCUGUAUGUGUAACGACUGCUUUUCUGUGUAAUAAAAAUCAUAUUUAUAUAAGGAUAACGCAAUUAUAAAUAUAAUACACAUUUAUAUAAUAGAUAUAUAAAAAUAAGUCUAGAAGCUUACAUUCUUGAUAUAUUUAAUUUAACAAGCUAUAAGAGCACACUAUUCUUAAAUUGUACAGAUUGGUUACGAAAGCAAAGAUAAAGUUCAAGUUUGUCAUGGAA